GAUGAUAUCUAAUCCCGAUUUAUCGCAGAAGAAGAUAUGUUUGCGACAAUUCAUUGUCCAUCACUGCGAGAACCGGCAAUUAUCAGCGCUCACUGCCUUCUCCUACAACAACAUCGAAGAGGAAUUCGUCAACAUUAUUGAAUCGAGAGCCAGAUCUACAGAUUUGCUUUCGUCCAAUCAAAUCAAUUAUUACCACCUCUUGUACUCGUAUUUUGUGAGAGACAGUAACUAUAGACGCGCGGCGUCUGUGAUGUACGAGUUCUGCCGACGCCUGAGUCAAGAAGUGAAUGGAUUGGAAAGUAUCAAACAACAGGUCAACGCUUAUCUCAUUGUCUUGAAUUGUCUCAAAAUAAUAAAUCCAAAGUAUUCGUGGAUUGUUAAGCAUUCCUACAAAAGAGAGACCUCAUCGCCGCUCACGAAACGCAAACUCCACUCAAACGCGAAGAGAGCCGUCGGUGGAGACGACGAAAGCGCUAAGAGAUCAUUAGAGUUGGAAAUAAUGGACAGCAAUGACAUGAAACGUGAGUACGAAUUAGUGAAAGCGAGACUUCGCUUAUUGCAAAAGGACGAGAAGACAUUCGCCAUCGCAAACACACCCCUCGACGCCACCGAAACCAUCACUCUUCUCAUAUCCGCGUCACUCUUCGACUUAGCGUUCAAUUUGUGUUCACUACUCAAACUUAAAUACGAGCCCAUCUUUGAGGGCAUUGUUUCCAAAUACAUAUAUUUAGUCCAAUCGGGAAACAGCUAUGAAAUUGUCGACGUUUACGAUUGUUUCGUCGAUAACGACACGCCGUCUCUGGGCUUUAUAAACGCCGCAGAUAUGGCGCCCGUCGACAAGAUGUGGCAUUUGAUCGCCACUUAUCUCCACAAAUACGAGACCGAAGGCCAGACAUGUCUUAAGAGAUGUGUCGCCGAGAAGUUAUUAGCCAAUGGUUUAAUGAUUCCAACGUGUCUUAAACUAAAAUAUCAGAAACAAAACUGCCCGGAAUUGCUUCGACUCUUACUUACAUAUGAUUUCAUUGAAGAGGCGUUUGAUUUGUCCAUUGAGUACAUGAGAGCUUUCGAAGGAAAGGGAACUGAAUAUUUCGAU